AUGUAUAAUUUGUAUUUGUUUACAUCUGCAUUUAUGUUUAUUCAGGAUGUGUGGAAGAUGAUUAAAGAUCCGUAUCAGAGCAGUCCUGUUCGAAUAUUAAUCGAAAUACUGCUGCUUGGAAUAGUGCUAAGAUAUGCAUUUAAUCGAAAGAAAUCGUCAAAUGAUGUUAUUCUUUCGCCAGAAGAGGCAGAGCAGUUGAUUGAUGAAUGGGAGCCGAAGGAGCUAGGCAUGUCAGAAGGCAUCAAUGUGCCAGACAAGUGCAAGGACCCUAAGUAUAUUCUGUCUACCUUUAAUCCAUUUCUUUUCAGCAGCACUGUUAAAGUGCCAGAGGAUAAUCCUUUGCCAAUUGAAACAGCACAGCAAAAAAAGGAAAAGCUAAAGGUACUCUCAGAUAUCAUUGAAGAAUAUGGCGUAGGGACCUGUGGACCAAGAGGCUUCUAUGGUACUAUUGAUAUUCAUUUGGAGCUGGAAAAAAUGCUGGCCGAGUCACUGGGUGUGGAGGGAGCCGUGCUGUAUGCGCACUCUUUGCUUGCAAUAGCAAGUGUUAUAAAGUGCUUUUGUAAAAGAGACGAUGUGAUUUUAUAUGACCACAGAUCAUCUAUUAGUAUACGGCGGGGUAUUUAUUCAUCCAAGGCCAAAGCAAUUUCUUACUCCUCUACCUCUGACUUGAAUCUUAAGCUGGCCAUGGAGGGCUCUCUCAAGAAUAAGAAGUUCAUCAUUACUGAAGGAGUCUUUGAAGAGACUGGAGAAACUGCCGACAUUGCUGCUAUAGUCAAGGCACGCUCACACCACAAGGCAUUUUUGAUUCUUGAUGAGUCAGUUAGUCUGCCCAUGCUGGGAAGCACUGGAGCUGUUGGGUUCUUUGGUGCAAAUCCACUACAAGUUGAUUUACGAAUUGGUUCUCUCUCAACUGGAUUUGGAUCGGCUGGCGGAUUCUGCGUUGGUUCGAAAGAGGCAUCGGAUCUACAAAGGCUUAGUAGUUUGGCCUAUUGCUUCUCUGCCUCAUUGCCCGCGUAUCUGUCACAGGCUGCUCUUCUUAACAUGACCUCUGUAAUUGAGUGGGAAGAGUCUCAGAUUGGCUUCGUAACGCAGUCUGUGUCUGAAUCAUCAUCAGAAGAGUCCCAGUACACGCCUGCUAUUGACUAUCCAGCCAAGAAAACCAUCAAAUCCCCAAAGUUUGUUUCAAACGUUCUUCGAGAGAAAAACUCUCUAAUUAACCAAGAUGCUGCUAAAAGAUUUCAGUCUGAGUUCAACCGGCUUUCUAAAACAAUUCCAUUUAGAGCAAAAACAGACCAAUUUACACCAAUUGCUAGAAUAAUUCUGCAAGAUGACCACCCAGACCCAUCAACUGUUUUUUCAGAAAUUCACACCGGCCUAAUAAAUGAAGGCAUUUAUGCUCGGCUCUCAGAAUAUCCCAAUCCCUCAGUUUUAUUUGUGUUUCACAAUGCAUUCCAGCUGAGCGAUGUCUCUUCGCUUGCUAAAACCGUUUACACAAUCAUUACAGAGGCUUACACCAAUGCACUUUCAUCUUACCAAGAUACUGUUUGAUGGCAUUGAAUUACUGGUCAUGUAUACUUUUUCUUGUAAU